GCCGACGUUGGCAUUCCUUGAUUGGCAGCGUGGGGGGAGCAUGGCAGAAAUACAAGAUCUUGAGGGCGGCAAUAGCUCUGAAACACGGUCUUUGAGCAAUCUGCAAAAAAGUGUUGACUUUGUAAAUCACGAACUUGCCGCUGCUGGCUUUCCUGUGGCACUCGACUUUGCAGGGUUCGGAGGCAACGUGGAUGAUGCAGCUACUGUUUUAAACUGUAUUUGCACUCUGCUACAACAACGGCAGAAAGAUGUAGCAUAUCGAGAAGAUCUACAGCAUAGAUUACGUCGAACUGCAGGUGAUAAUGACGAAUUAGCAGGCACAGUUGCGAGGAUGAAGGCAAGGCUGGAACAAUGCGAUCGCGAAAUUGCUACCUUGAAUAAUAAACUCGAUGCCGCCCAGAACUCCCUCAAGAAAGAGGUAGAAAAGCAUCAUGCAGCCAAAGAAGAGCUGAAGACCACUAAGGCAAAUUUGCAAUACAGCAAGACACAAUACAAUCAUGACCUCCGGAAACGAGAACGUGAGCACCAUAGAUUGAAAGACAGAAUGCAGCGAAUAGUCACGGAGAAAUCUGCGGCUCAAAAGGUUGCGAUAAAGCUGGCCAAUCCAUUACCGAAACCCAAAACAAACGCUGGUGGCGGGGGACAAAGCAAGAAGGAAGACGAAAUGUACAAUAUAGUAAUAAAGAACUACGAAGAUCGCGAAAAGGACCUUCUGAUUGAGAAUCAAACAUUACGCAACACUUUGUACGCGCUUUAUUCGGAGCUGAAAACUCAGUUCAAAAACCAGAUAACACACGAGGAGGACGGAUCCAAUGGGAUAGAGUGCGGUCAUGAAGGACCGCUGGAGGUUUCCGAUCCUACCGAGAAAGCACAGUUUCAGCUACCAUAUAGUCUCGUCUGCCACUCUGUAGAGGAGAGAGUUAAAGAAGCCAUUAUGAAACUGCACGACGAGUGGGCCCGCCUAAGCGAAACAAUAGCUUCUCAACACCAGGCGGAUGAGCUACAGCAACUGUAUGAGAAGGUGGAAGCUAUAGAGAAAGAAUGCGACGAAUACAGGCGAAUAAUCGCUGAACAAAACCGUUUAUUGGAGCUCUCGCUGAAUGAACAGGAUGCAAAAUCGAAUGAAGGGCUAUCAGCACACUUGGAGACGUCGCUGAUGGAUUUGCAGGAGCAACGAGACGAGCUAGAACAGAAAUGUCAGCAAUUGGAGGAAGAGCGGGGCAAGUUCACGGAGGCGGCGAUUAAGCUCGGCAUAGAACGGGCUGCAUUACAGAGAGAGAAGAUGGCCUUCGAAGAGGAGCGGCGAUCACUUGCGACACAAAAACUUCUAAAAUCACUCCCCGACACUCCAGGGUGGUUGAAGUCACGGAUGAUACCCACCGCCACAUCUCCACUACAAAACCGAGCACAGAGGGCUUUUGCCGGAGCAAAGUCUCCCCAGCCUCCAGUCACCCCCUUUCAUAUGAGUUACAGCAGUGUUAAACCAACCAGGGCUGAAGUACAUGGGGAGGAGGUGGAUUCCAACGAGUUUAUUAUUGAGUCAGACACAUUCGCGCAAACUCCGCGCCCACAUGCGAACAUGCACGCAAGCUUCAAAGAGGUGGACGUUAGUCCGCCCACGGAGACUCCCGCCAGUCGGAUCACGACAGCAUCCUCGCAUUCAUCAAUCAAAUCCGCCUUAAAGAAGCAAACGAGUAUGUCCAGUCUGAAUCGAAGUGUCAGAAUUACGCUCCAGGGCGAGCGUGAAGCACGAAGUUAUAAACCUGGAGAAGAGGACUCGAAAGAAAACCUUCUACCCAGCGACGGAGAUAAAAAGCCAACUCGCUUUCGCAAAUCGUUCAUUGCUACCUCGACACCCAUUGACACACGUGGCGGCACCACAGCGCGAGAAGAGCGCGGAUAGCAAAUUCCGCAAGGUUGCCCAAGUACAUGUGCAAUGUUAAGGAGAAGAAACAUACAAUAUGACAUUUGGCGCCGCCUGGGACAUUACUGUAGUGUAUUUACAUCCUGGCCGUUUGUGGGUCACUUACCG